UAUCCACUUCCUGGGUUUAGCCGGGUGGGUAGUAGAGGAUCAGUGUAUAUUUACGAAAGUGCAUGUUGUAUAUCAGUGUGCAAGGCAGCUGUGUGCGUGUCAGUGUCCAACUCACAUGGAGUGUAAUUAAACUCAGCAAGAAACUAAACGAGAAAGGACGAAGAGGAGGCAAGAGCAACCUAAAGUUAGUCAAGAAGGCAUAAGGAAGAGAGAGAAGAGGAAGAAGAGCUGAAGAGCGUGAACACUGGCUGACAGUCAUAGGCAUACUUGAUUACUGCUGUCGUGAUACUGAUUGCACCACUACUGAGUGGAGACGUGGAGAAUAAUGCUGGGAAGGAUGAUCUCGCCUUCAGGACUCAACACUAAUCCCUAUCUACACAGCUACAGUACACAUACCUCUUGUCUUGUAAAAGACCUUUGGCACAUGGAUAAUUGACUUUGUAGCUUCUGUUGAGUAGCCAUGUUUGAAGUGCUUGAGAAGUUUACGUGCAGUAGUAAUUCUUUGUAGUAUUAUUAAGUGUUAUACUUCUAAGGAUGGCAGUUUGAGUUUAUAAUACUACCCUGCUUAAUUGUUCAAGAAUCAUAUUUGGUAGACAGAACUUUUAUAUCUCAAUUUCUUUAGCCUUAACAUUAAAUUGUGCAGUACUGCUGUGGAUAAAUCUGGAGCAGAAUACAAGCAGCAUAUACUUGGAGUAUAAUGCAGUAUUUAACCAGAAUAAGUGAGAGAAUGGGGAGCUUGUCUCAUUUUAAAGACAAUUCCAUUUGCAGUGUGGAGGUUUUGUAGCAACCUACAGUCAGCUCCUCUACAUGGCACUGCUUUAAACACCAAGAAUUACUUGGGGAAUAUUUGGAAUAUUUUAAGGAACAUUUGGAAUCGUCCUGUAGGGUUGCUUGGACCACACCAGGAAUUUUCAAAACUUUUGUCUCCUUUCUGAGAAUACUGUAAAUUUUGCAAGGACUACCAAGAAUUCCUGUAGUUGUAGCUUAUCCUGGCAAAAUGUGAUGGGGCAUGAGGUCACAGGUGCUCAACAUAUCGUGUACCAUGGAUCUGAACACAGGAGCAGACACUGAUCUGGGACAUGGGGCCGGACUGGAGGCCUGUGGUGGCAGUGGAGAAGAAGUGCUACUAAAUGUAGAAGGAGGCAAAGGAGAAUUCAGUUCUGCAUCAUCUUCCUCUGAUUCCUCUCUGCCCUCCUCCUCCAACCUCUCUCCAGCCUCCUCCUUGUCCCCCCCAGUCGGUGUGGAGGAGGAGAAGAAAACGGUGUCUGGCUGCUCCAGGUCUUUUACUGGACUCAAGCUCUUCACCAGGAGGAAGGCAAUAGCCAAGUCGAGUCUGCACCAUCUGCCCUCUGAGCCCAGUGCAUCAUUGCUGAACAGGACAGACUCAGAAGCGAGCAUCCGCAGCACUGUGGACUGGACGGAGUCAGCUCAAUAUGGAGAUCAUAUCUGGUUUGAGACAAAUGUGUCUGGAGAUUACUGUUAUGUUGGAGAACAGCACUGUAUUGCCAGAGCCCUGCAAAAGUCUGUUAGUCGGAGGAAGUGUGCUGCCUGUAAGAUAGUUGCCCACACCAUCUGUAUAGAACAACUGGAGAAGAUCAAUUUCAGGUGUAAACCAUCUUUCAGAGAAUCAGGCUCUAGGAACAUUCGAGAGCCCAUCGUGGUGCAUCAUCACUGGGUGCAUCGGAGACGACAAGAAGGCAAAUGUAAACAGUGUGGGAAGGGCUUCCAACAGAAGUUUGCAUUCCACAGUAAAGAGAUUGUCGCAAUCAGCUGCUCCUGGUGCAAACAGGCUUACCACAACAAGAUUUCCUGCUUUAUGCUGCAGCAGAUUGAGGAGGCUUGUCCAAUUGGAGCUCACGCUGCCCUCAUUGUCCCGCCCACAUGGAUCAUUCGAGUCCGACGCAAUCAGUCAUCUAUGAAGUCAAGUAAGAAGAAGAAGAGAACCUCGUUCAAGAGGAAAUGCAGCAAGAAAGGAGCAGAGGAAGGACGGCAGUGGAAACCAUUUAUAAUUCGACCCAUCCCCUCGCCACUGAUGAAACCACUGCUGGUGUUUGUCAACCCCAAGAGUGGAGGAAACCAGGGCACUAAGAUCCUGCAGUCGUUUAUGUGGUACCUGAACCCUAGACAGGUGUUUGACCUGAGCCAAGGAGGACCAAAGGAGGGCCUGGAGCUGUACCGUAAAGUCCACAACCUGAGGAUCCUGGCCUGUGGAGGAGACGGCACUGUGGGCUGGAUCCUAUCUUGUCUCGAUGAGCUGGCAUUAAACCCUCAACCUCCUGUUGCUGUGCUACCACUUGGGACAGGAAAUGACCUUGCCAGGACCCUCAACUGGGGAGGGGGUUAUACAGAUGAACCUCUGUCUAAGAUCCUGUCCCAUAUUGAGGAUGGAACUCCUGUCCAGCUAGACCGAUGGAAUCUACGGGUUGAGCCAUACCUCAGUGCAGGGGCUGAGCUAGAUGAACAACAAACAGAUAAGCUUCCUCUAGAUGUCUUCAACAAUUACUUCAGCCUUGGAUUUGAUGCCCAUGUGACACUAGGGUUCCAUGAAUCAAGAGAAGCCAACCCAGAGAAGUUCAACAGUCGUUUUAGGAACAAGAUGUUCUAUGCUGGGACGGCAUUCUCAGAUUUCCUGAUGAGAAGCUCCAAAGACCUGUCAAAGCACAUUAAAGUGGUGUGUGACGGGACAGAUUUAACAUCAAAGGUUCAAGAUUUGAAGCUGCAGUGUCUGGUCUUCCUCAACAUCCCCAGGUACUGUGCAGGCACAACUCCUUGGGGAAACCCCGGUGACCAUCACAUCUUUGAACCUCAACGCCAUGAUGACGGUUACAUCGAGGUCAUUGGAUUCACGAUGACUUCACUGGCUACCCUCCAGGUUGGAGGUCAUGGCGAGAGGUUGAACCAGUGUAGAGAAGUCACCCUCACCACCACAAAACCUCUCCCAGUACAGGUGGAUGGUGAACCCUGCAGACUUGCUCCCUCUGUCAUCCACAUCAGCCUCAGAAACCAGGCCAACAUGGUUCAGAAAACCAAACGACAAACCUCACUGCCACACCUCAAUGAUCAGCAGCCAGUGCCAGAGAGGCUGAGGAUCCGAGUCAGCAGGAUCAGUUUGGCUGACUAUGAGGAAUUCCACUAUGACAAAGACAAACUACGACAAGCAUCAAUUCCUCUGGGAUUAAUCGUAGUUCCUGGUGACAGCGACUUAGAAACCUGCAGAGAGCACAUCCAGCGUUUGCAGGAGGACUUCUGCUCUGCCCAUCCCUCCUUUACAUACUUGGGACUGCAGGAGGAUGCAGCCAAGCCAAAGAUUCUUUCCUCACAGAGAUUAUCUCCAAAGUGGUGUUUCCUUGACUCUACAACAGCAGAUCGUUUCUACAGGAUAGACAGAGCGCAGGAACAUCUCAACUAUGUAUCAGAAAUCUCCCAGGAAGAGAUCUUCAUCCUGGACCCAGAACUGGUUGUUAUGGCAACAGUAGGCACCUCCCCCUCAGCCAUGCCUGACCUGGUUAACCCCUUCUCUAGCCUGGAGAACAGCAGGGAAAGGACCUCUAAUCAGGGCUACAGCAAAGACUUUGUCUACCCUCCUUCCUCUCCUUCACCUUCAUCCUCUGAUCCCAGUACCUCCCAGAGGCAGCGAGUGAACAGUGACAGCGCUGCUGCCGAAGCUUUAACAGACAAUACAGCACCUGUGGCCAGCAAACUCAGCAGGGCGGGUUGCAUCCAUCGUUCCAACACCACUGCUGCUGAGUUGAAACCAAGACAGAGGCAGGAAAAGAGCCAAAAGACGAGUGAAACAGAAAGGCAGAGACAAAAAGAUAUGUUGAUUGAGUGUGUGAAAAACAAGGACGUGAAGAAACUGCAGGAGCUGCACCAGAAGGGCGCUGACCUCACAGUGCUUGACCAAUCGGGCUGCAGCUUGCUGCACCACGCUGUCAGUACAGGAAGUAAAGAGAUGGUCCGGUACAUUCUUGACAAUGUUCCAAGUUACCUGCUUGAUGUCACAGAAAGUCUACAUGGGGAGACGGUUCUUCAUCGAGCUGCAUCUCAGUGUCACAGGACCAUCUGUCACUAUCUGGUAGAGGCAGGAGCCUCACUCAUGAAAACAGACAUACAGGGUGACACCCCAAAGAACAGGGCUGAGAAGUCUCAUGAUGCUGAACUGGCAGCCUAUCUGGAGAAUAGGCAGCAUUACCAGAUGAUACAGAGGGAGGACCAGGAGACAGCUGUGUGAAAAAGAUGAACAGGACAUGGAUAAAGAAACCUCUGUCUUCUCAUCAACGAUGAGACUGACCACAGCUCAUUGAUGCUUGUGUGACGGAAGGACUGGUACACAGAUUCCAGUUUAAAGCUGCCAUUCCCUGAAACAGAUUAAGGAUGAAGUUGUGCCAAAUCUGAUAUCUGAAAAUGCAGUUAAUAUUUAUGGUAGUGAUUAUAAUGAUAGCAACUAUGAUGAUAAAGACCAUUACACUGAGGGAGUCAAUUUAUAUUAAAGAGUGCAAAAAUAUGAGAUGUUUAUUAAGGCAUUCCUUUUCAUUUUAAGUAGCUCAGUAAUGAAAAGUGUUUGUGAAGUCAUUUUUCUGACUUUGAAUAGCAUUUUGUAGUCAACAUUCUUGUUCUUCAAAACUCAUUCCUAUCAAACAACUUCAAAGAAUGCCUUUUUUUUGAUAAUACAAUGUUUUGUGGGGUUGAAUUGUCUCAGUAUCAGACUACAAUAGUUUGAAAAAACUUUUUGAAAUUAAACAUACAACAAUGGAGAUGCCAAAAUAUACCAGUCAGUGUGCAUGGUGUUGACGUGUAGAUGGUUAGAUGAAAGUUUGUUGAAUGCCCAAUGAGAAAGAAACUGAAAGAAAGGUUGAGUUGUUGAAACCAUUAGGAUUCAACCUCUGGUGAUGAUGAAUAUCCUCAGCUAAUUUAAUGGGAAUUAGAUCAUUGGUGUCUGAAAUAUCUUGUGGCCCAAAUUGUUUAAAACAGCAUCAGUAUCAGGUUUCAUGGCAAUCAAGUACUUGUCAAGAAAUCUUGUUUGGACCAAAGUGUUGGACUGACCAAAAAAGCUAUUGACAGUUGCCAUCCGUGAGUUUGAUAACUGGUUUAUUGGUUAUUUCACUGAACCUGCUUUGCUGCUUUAAAAUGUUUUGCUUGGUCUCACCACACCCAUGCAUUAUAAUCAAUGUAUUGUGCACACUGUAUUUUGUUGACUUAUAUCAACAUAUUGUCAAGGUAAUUAUUUAUACAGAUUAAUCAAAAUGGAUUGUUUUGUGUCUGUACUGAUUGAAUGCCUGCUGUGAUUUUAAAAUAAAACAGUAUAUACAGUACUGCAGUGUUAAAUAGCAGCAACCCAAAUCAAAUUGUUGUUAAGUUCACUGGUUAUGUUUUGAAACUGUAACAUGAACAGUGUUGAGGUUAAACACUCAGGGCAUGAGGAACAUUUGGAUUUCAGGGGAACAAAAAUUAAACAUUAAGCUAAAACUUCACUUUCAAUUGCUACGGAAGAGUUUGAGGGCCACUAUAAGAACAUAUUCGAGUUCUGAGUUUUUUUCAUAAUUCUGUCUUUAAAUUCCAAAUUUUGACUUUAAUCUCAAGGUGUCUGAAAUCGCCUAGGUAAAUUUUUUGCAACCAUUCCACCAUCUAGUAAGCACAAUGUCGGACAUGUUACUAUGCGGC